GGCCAUAAAUGAGGAAAAGCUCCGGACGUGUUCGGGUCGGUUCUGCCCUGGCUGGAGACCCUUGAGAACUUCCCAGGAGGGUCGUCUCGUUUGAGCUGCUGCUUGUCGCUCAGACUGAUCUGGCUUCUUUUUACAGUGAAUGCCCACGUUGUUUCUAUAUUUCUCAAAGGAGUUGUUUUUAUACUGGUAACGUUGGGAGGAGGACGUUUGGUAAAGACCAGUCAGCUGCUGUGCUGGAUUCAUGCCCGUCAUGAGCGUACCAGCGCCGCAGAAAGCCAGCGCCAAAAGAACGGGCAAGAGGAUCACGUUUUUUAACGACCAAGGUGGAGAUUCCAUGAAAGAGACGGCUCAGCACCCUGAAGGGGCGUACUACACCACCAGUGGCACGGCCUCCGACCCUGGACAGAGCGAGGCGGCCAGCACGGUGACCUCUGACCCAGAGGGCUCUCAUCUGUACCUGAACUCUGUCAUCUUCAGCCCAGAGAAGGGAGACCAGAGCCGGGGUCACUAUCAGCAAACUGUACCCAUGAAGUGGGCCCACCAGGAGCCCAGCCAGCAGCAGCAGCAGAGAGCUGCCUCUUGGACCAUGCCCAACUGGGGGCCAAACUUCACAGAUUACUCACGGACCCAGAACACGUUUGUGAAAUCGAUGCACGAGACGUCGAGCCUGCAGCCGCAUCAAGCCUCGAGCAGAGCUGUGGACAAGGUGGCCGUGGACGCUUACAGGGAAGCAGCCAAGUCUCGGGCCCUGGAGUGGGAGCAGCAGGCCCAGGUCUUCCAGGAGACCCUGAAGCCUGGGGUCCUGAACCCUCAGCAGCAGAGUGCACCUCACCCUGCAGGGAGCUCCGUCCUGCAGCCCUUCCAGCUGGCCUUUGGUCAGCCCAAGCAGCACCUGCCGGCGUACUACCAGACCUUCCAGGGGAGCAGGAGCACGCUGCCCAACCCGCCCAACUACCCCGCAGCUAAUGCUAAACCCUCCCAUCACCUGCAGCCGCUGCAGAACCCGGAACAAAUCCAGCGUCAGCAGCACCCUGUGAUCCAGCAGCAGGUUCAGCACCAUCAGAUCAUUCAGCAACAAUUGCACCACGAGCAGCAGCAGCAACAAAAGAUGCAGCAACAGCUGCAGCUUCAGCAGCAAAUGCAACAUCAGCAGUUGCAACAAAACCCUCACGUGCUGGACUUUUACUCUGCUGCUCACAACGCACAGCCGGUGGUGGUGCACUCUCAGGAGUCCUCUGCUCCCGUUCCCCCAACCAUCCAGGAACCCAUGAUCCAGGACAUCACACCAGAACCCCAGCAGUCCUCCGAGUCUCUGCUGGCUCAGACGCAGCUUCGCAGGUCCAGACGGCUCUCCAAGGAAGGUGGGGCACCUUCGGAAAACCCUUUUCUCCCCGCGCCGUCAGACUGUCCUGGGCUACAAGGCUCCGAGAACGGGGCCUGCGACGUCCAGGCAGCACCCACAGGCGUCAUUCAGAGCACCCAAAGGAAACGCCGUGUGUCCCAGGAGGUCAACCUGGAGCUGCUCGCUCAGGAGGCGUCCGAACGGAAGUCUCCAUCACACGACAAGGUAAUUAAACGAUUCCAGCUGCUGCACAGUACGAAAUGAAAUAUUCAGUUCACUUAUAAAGCUCCAAGUCACGAGAGAGGUCGUCUCAGGGCUGAACAGAAAUAUUCAUAAAUAAAAUUAAUGAUUAAACAGAAACAUUCAUAAAUAAAAAU